AUGCGUUCCGUCAGCGCCAUACUAGCCCUCGCCGUCACGGCCGCCCUGGCGGCGCCGGCGCCUAACCCCGCGAGCAUGACGGAGCUCGACGCGGCGCUGCAGGCGCUCGAGGCCAACGCGCCCGCGGACGCGGACGCCAUCGCGCACGGCGGCAACCUCGCCAGCAAGCGGCAGGACGACGUGGCGGCCGCGCUGGCCAGCCUGGCCGCCAACGACCCGGAGGACGCCGCGGCCGUGCAGGCCGCGCUCAAGAACGGCCAGGCCCCGCCGCCGACUCCUUCGCUGGUCAAGCGGCAGACGCCCGCCGAGAUCCAGGCCGCGCUCGACGCCCUGCGGUCCAACGACCCGGCCGAGGCCGACGCCGCCCAGUCCGGCAUCGCGGCCCUGAAGCCUGCCGCUCCCACGCCGGCCCCCGCCGCCGCCGCGAGGCUGGUCUCGCGGUCCCAGGACGACCUCGGCGCCGCGGUGCUGGGCCUCAUGCAGUCCGACCCUGAGGAGGCGCACCAGCUGCUCGACGGCGAUGCGCAGGUCGCGAGGCAGGGCCAGGAUGGCUCGUCCGACCUGCCGCUCUCGCCGACUGACGAGGAUGACUGGGAGGAUAAGCCUGUUCCCCCGCCUGGCUUCUAA